AUGGAAGAAGCAUGUUAUUUCUGUUCAGGGCCUAUCUACUCUGGCCAUUGCAUAAUGUUCAUCUGCAACGAUUGCAAGGUGUUCGGAUUUUGUAAAUCUAAAUGUCAUAAAAACUUUAAAAAGAAGUGCAAUCCUGGCAAAGUUAGGCUGACCAAACCAUUCCAGAAAGGAGCUGGUAAAGAGCUUACGGUAGAUAAUUCAUUUGAAUUUGACAAACAUAGAAAUGAACCUAUCAAAUACUAGCGAGAGCUAUAGAAUAAAACUACUGAUGCAAUGAAGAGAGUUGAAGAGAUCAAACAGAAGGCCGAAGCUAAAUUUAUAAUGAACAGAUUGAAGAAAAAUAAAGAGCUACAGAAAGUUCAGGAUAUCAAAGAAGUCAAGCAAAGCAUUCAUCUUAUCCAAGCCCGUCUUGCAGGCAAAGGGAAGGAGUUGGAAGAGAAAAUGGUACAGCAGUUACAACAGGAUGUGGACAUGAAGAUGCUUCUUAAAUAUCUCUGUAACCAUUUCUUCUAUGGACAUUUGAAAAUGCCCUUUGGAGACUUGGAACUGCUAAAUUAUUAG